AUCCCGGUGCGUUCCCCGACUGCCGACGCCAUGUCGGAGCUCGCACCCGCGACCGAACCGCUAUUCCCGCCACUUGUCCUCGCGAUUUAUAUUGCAUGCGUCGCCGGCGCCGGAGCCCUCGCCAACUGUGCUGUCUUAGCUGCACUUCUCAAACGGUCAAGAAACGGCUUGUUUUCAAUCAUCAUUCAAUUGGCAGUAACUGAUUUUAUGUUACUAGGAUUUUCUAUUGGUCCCGAAUUAUGGUCCUACAAUAUUAGAACAUGGGUCUUUGGAAGAAGCAGUUGCAUAGCGUAUCGAGGGCUCAGUAUAUUUGCAACAACAGCAUCUUUGUACUUAACUGUUACAAUGGCUUUGCAUACUUUAUCAACAGCAAAUAUAGAAAAAAAUGCAAUGAUACUUAAAAAUAAACGAAGUGGAGGCGACGAAGAUGAAGAAAUAAGGUCUUCGCGUCACAGUCUUGUUGCUUGCAGUGAUACUUCUACCCCACCUCGAACUAUGAAUCUUGAUUAUCGUCUCACUGACGCUAGAGUACCAGUUGCACCACCAUCGAUUUUCGUAUGGAUUCUGGCAGCAUCACUUAGUAUUCCAGAAUUUGCUUUAGCUACAACUGUUCGUCAUGAUAACGAUGUCAUCGCAUGUACUUUAAUAGACAACAGUCAUAGGAUAAACAUGCAUUCUUUGGUUGCGCUGUUUACUUUAUUUUUACCAUCACUGAUAUUAACCAGUGCAGGAAUUCUUAUUAUAUGUCAAUUAAAAUCAAAUAAAUUAUCUAAAAUAGAGGGAACUGAUAUAAUACCAGCACUUAAAUUAUCAAUAUGUUUAAUAUUUUUAUAUAUUAUUUUCUGUGCACCGCGAUCUGUUUUUUAUAUUUAUAGAUUAUAUACGAUUUCUGAGGAAAAUAAAAUAAAUGUAGGAUAUGAAAAUGAUACGACUUUACUUAUAAAUUUAAUACUAAGUGCAAUGUAUCUUGCUGCAACAUUGGUACGUCCUUUAUUAUGCAUAACUUUAUUGCCCAGGAUAAGGAUUUUCUUGUCAUUUGGUUUUAGGAAUAUAGAUGAUGUUUAAUAUUUAAUCAUGAUGAAAAAUUUAUCUUAAAGACUUUAUAAAGAUCUCGAUGUCAAUUUAAUGAUAAUAUUGCAUAAAGUAUUUUUGUACAUGUAUACCCCACUACUUAAAAUAUUAUAUUGAUAUAAUAACAAAAGUAUUUGAUUUAAAGCAUAAUUGUGUUUAUAAGUUGCAAGAAGAAACAGAGAAUUAUUAGCUUUCACUAUUUUGUGUAGGUAGGAUCU